ACCACAGCUCUUGGUAACAGAGGCUCCAAGCUGCGGCAAACCCAAACAUAUACAGUAUAUGCGACGCGCGGGGUCUGGCUCCAGGGCUUCCCUUGUGCUCUCAUGCAGAGAGGGCCCCCAAGGGAGCUGACGCCAGCUGAGACUGAAAAACAAGGGUCUAAGCUCUAAGUCGCAUCAUGGAGGCAGAAAGCCCAGAGACAGAUGGUCCCAGAUCCCUCAUGCCGGCUGAGCUCUGCCACCCCCACUCUAAGUACUCCCAGUGGAAGUUUAAACUGUUUAGGGUGAAGUCCAUGGAGAAAGCACCUCUGCCCAGCGAGACACAGCCGGGGAAAGAGCUCUCAUUAGAGGUCUUACUUCCUGCAGCUUCACACACAGAUCAGAGAGCGAGUCCAGGGAGUGUUAUGAAGAUGUGCAUUGGAGGAAAAAGCAAGGAAAAUGUUGAGGGACCUGGCAGGAGAGUGGACACGAAACUGCUGGAAAUGGAAGCCCACAUGGACCACCUCAGGUGUUUGUGUCGUGUUUGUGGAAGGACCCUGGCAAAAGUCAAAGGGCCAGUACAUGACGUUCACGGAGAUCUGGACGAGACAAGCAAAUUCGCCCUACGUAAAAUGGGCUGCAAGUUCACACGCUGGCCAGAGGUCAUCCUCAAAGUCUUUAACCUAGACGUCAGUGAGGACACAGAAGCCAUCAACCCUCUUUCCUUCUGUCAUCGCUGCUGGACGGUGGCCAUAAGAGGGGGCGGCUUCUGCAGCUUCACCAGAACCAAAGUCCCUGAGUGGAAACCUCACUCUUCCCACUGCUACCUGUGCUCCCCAAGGAAAACUUCAUUCCAGAGGACUGGGAGAAAGAGGAGGAAAGUUCUUCCUCGAACCCAGGGCUUGGUAAAACGGAUCAGGCGGGACCACGGCGACAGCAUUGUCAUUGGUGAGAAGAGGGCUCUGAGACCGUUUGGGGAUCAUCGUGCUCCUGUGCACCGGGUCAGGAGGAAACUCAGUGUCCAGAGGGAACAGUGGGUGAGGAACAUCACCCACUGCCAGAAUGACCACCUGAGCAACAAGCUGAUCCGGGAGAAGCUCCCUGUGGACUUCAUCAAUUCUUUCACCUGCCUUGUGUGCGACCACCUGCUCUCUGAUCCAGUUCAGGCCCCCUGUGGGCAUCUCUUCUGCCGCAGCUGUAUUGUCAAGUUUACCCACGUAUUGGGACCUCACUGCCCUGUCUGUAACCUGCCCUGUGCCCCUGACAAUGUCAAGCCACCUGCCAAAACCUUUUUAUCCGCUCUGUAUUCCCUGCCUUUGCACUGCCCUCUCGAAAGCUGUUGCAAGCAGGUGAGGCUCGAUUCAUUUAAGGAGCACUGUUUGAGCCACGAGCGGGAGGAAGUUGCAAGCCAGAAUUCAUCAGAAAUUGACAACUACCUGCUAGUAAAUAAAGGUGGAAGACCCCGCCAGCACUUGCUCUCGCUGACCCGACGUGCCCAGAAGCAUCGGCUGAAGGAGGUGAAGAACCAAGUGAGGAUUUUCGCAGACAAAGAGGAAGGUGGUGACCUGAAGUCUGUGUGUUUGACUCUCUUCCUGCUGGCGCUGAGAUCUGGGAAUGAACAUCGACAGGCAGAUGAGCUGGAGGCCAUGAUGCAAGGCAGAGGCUUUGGAUUGAGUCCCGCUGUGUGCUUGGCCAUUCGGGUCAACACUUUCCUGAGCUGCAGCCAGUAUCACAAGAUGUACCGCACCGUCAAAGCCACAAGCGGCCGCCAGAUCUUUCAGCCCUUGCACACCCUCCGAGCCGCGGAGAAGGAACUUCUCCCCGGUUUUCACCCGUUUGAAUGGCAGCCGGCUCUCAAGAAUGUGUCGACAACUUGCAGUGUAGGCAUUAUUAAUGGGUUCGCUGGAUGUGCUUCCUCGGUGGAUGAUGCCCUGGCUGACACCAUCACUCGGCGCUUUCGCUAUGAUGUGGCACUGGUGUCAGCAUUAAAGGAUCUGGAGGAGGACAUCAUGGACGGAUUGAGAGAGAACGGGUUGGAAGACAGCGCUUGCACCUCAGGCUUUAGUGUCAUGAUCAAGGAAUGCUGUGAUGGCAUGGGCGAUGUCAGCGAGAAGCAUGGUGCGGGACCAGCCGUUCCCGAGAAGGCCGUACGCUACUCUUUCACCAUUAUGUCUGUCUCGGUCCUGGCAGAGGACGAGGAGGAGGAGGUUUCCAUUUUCACUGAGCCAAAGCCAAACUCAGAACUGUCCUGUAAGCCCCUCUGCCUGAUGUUUGUGGAUGAGUCAGACCAUGAGACUCUCACAGCUGUCCUGGGGCCCAUAGUCGCAGAGCGUAACGCAAUGAAAGAGAGCAGGCUCAUCCUGUCCAUGGGAGGCUUACUUCGCUCCUUUCGCUUCCACUUUAGGGGCACGGGGUAUGAUGAGAAGAUGGUGCGUGAGAUGGAGGGACUGGAAGCCUCGGGGUCCUCAUAUGUCUGCACGCUGUGCGACGCCACUCGAGCGGAGGCCUCUCACAACAUGGUGCUGCACUCAAUCACACGUAAUCACGAAGAGAACUUGGAGCGGUAUGAAAUAUGGAGAACGAACCCCUUUUCUGAGUCUGCAGAUGAGCUUCGAGACAGAGUCAAAGGGGUGUCUGCCAAGCCCUUUAUGGAGACUCAUCCCACGCUGGAUGCACUGCACUGUGACAUUGGCAAUGCCACUGAAUUCUACAAAAUCUUCCAGGAUGAGAUUGGGGAAGUUUACCAAAAGGUCAAUCCCAGCCGGGAGGAACGGCGCAGCUGGAGGGCAGCCCUAGAUAAACAGCUGAGGAAGAGGAUGAAGCUUAAACCAGUAAUGAGGAUGAAUGGGAACUACGCCCGCAGGCUAAUGACCCAGGAGGCUGUGGAGGUGGUGUGUGAGCUGGUGCCCUCCGAGGAGAGGAGGGAGGCCCUGAGGGAACUCAUGAGGCUGUAUGUGCAGAUGAAGCCCGUGUGGCGCGCCACCUGCCCAGCGAAAGAGUGCCCUGACCAGCUGUGCCGCUACAGCUUCAACUCACAGCGCUUUGCCGACCUCCUCUCCUCUACCUUCAAAUACAGGUACAACGGAAAGAUAACCAAUUAUCUGCACAAGACCCUGGCUCAUGUCCCUGAGAUCAUUGAGAGAGAUGGAUCUAUUGGAGCCUGGGCCAGCGAGGGGAACGAGUCCGCUAACAAACUGUUCAGGCGUUUCCGAAAGAUGAAUGCACGCCAGUCAAAGGCCUUUGAGCUGGAGGAUGUGCUCAAACAUCACUGGCUCUACACUUCCAAGUACUUGCAGAAAUUUAUGGAGGCUCACAAGGACUCGGCCAGAGCUAUGCAAGCUACUAUUGACCCCGUCGAGAAUCAGGAUGAUGAAGAGAUGCCUCUGGAUGUUCUAGAUUUUUGACCUGAUUUCACUUUUCAUCAGGUGUUUUUAUCAUUUGAUGAUUAAAGAGAACUUUGCAAUUUUUCCAGUUACCGCUCAUUAUCAAAAAGAGAUGAUAGCAAUAUAUCUAUAGAUUUAUAUCUAUAUAUGUAGCGCUAUAUCUCUCUCUUUUUCUCUCUAUCUGUAUCUAUAGGGAUAUUUUUUUCUUGCUGUCUGCUCCUUUUGUGAUUUAAGCGGCAAGUCUAUUCAUUUAUUGAUGAACAUUUCAUGAGGAGUAAGGUUGUUCGAGUUUUUCCUGUCUUUUUAAUUUGUUUUGAGCAUUUAUCUGUUGUCAGUUUUCCUUGUUUUAUCAACUUAUACAGUUGCACUGUAAAGAGGGUCCAGCAAAGGGUCCAACUAUGUAAGCUACAAACAGGUUUCGUCUCAUUGCUUUUCCCUCCCCAGUUCUUUUUUUAUCUUCAUCGUCUGUGAAAUAUGGUGCAUUUUAUUGUAUUGCAAGGAUAUGACACAUUUAUGAAUUUAUAUAGAGAGGAUAUUUAUGGAAACAGAUGAAAGCGCUGUAAGUCAUGGUGUGAAAUUGUGUUAAAAAGACCACAUUUGUGGCCACUGUAUUAAUAUAUCACUUCUGCUGGAGCAAAAUGCAAUCACAGAGACCCAAAUGUUCUUUGUUUCAUGAGUGCCCUCUGAAAAAGAUUACUUUAGUGCUUUAUCGUGGGAUCCCUGAGGGGUAUAAUAGAUGCUAGGUCACUUUGAACCAAUUUUUAUCUUUUUUAGUUUUUGCACAGUGGAGGAUAGAUGAUGCUUAUUUGAAUCCUUCUUCUGAAAUAAAGCAUAUACUGACCUUUUUGUUGAUAUUGUAGAAAUACAGUAUGGUCCAUUACAGUGCCUAAUACCCCAUGGACUCUCUCCCAGGCAGGGAUUUUUCUUAAGUUCGGUGUCUAACCUGCCUCUUUUUCUCUGCGGAUAUUUCUCCUCUGGUUCGGCUGACAGCAGAGAGGGAUGGGCAGGAGCCAGGAAGACCUGAUGUAAACUGAUUUGUUGGCAACUUUAUUUAUUUGAUUGAUUGAUUAUAUUGUCUUUUUCUGCCCUCACCAUUUUGAAUUGUGACAGGCAAUUUUGUUUUCUUACUUGAUUGAAUGUUUGAUUUUAUUUUACUGUCAUAAGUUUAACCAAAUGACAGUUAUGAAAUAUUCAUUUUUCACUGAAUAGUUGUCACAGUCCUACAAUAACACCAUGUUUUACCGUGCAUUAUGCUGCAACUCGUCUCACAUUUGUUUUUGCCAUAAUGAAUUGCAUUUCCAAUAUGAUGGAUGAUGGAUGAUUCGCAAAAUCCCACUUGUGCACAUUUCCGAGUGUAUCCUCAAUUUUCUGCUUCCGCACAUACAGUAAACAUCAGGUAAACAGUUUACUGGAGCUGCAGAAGAAUACCUCUGGUGAUUUGUUUUGCAUAAUGGCAAAAUAUCACUCAAAGAUUCCUCUACAUUUACAAAUUUACUUUGAUUUUAAAGCAUCUAUGUGGAUACUUCUGUUGUGUUGGAAAUGAGCAAGACAACUUGUUUUCUUUGUGACAAACUGUUUUUUUUGUACUCCUUGUUUCUGUUUCUUCAAAGAAUAAA